CAAGACCGUACUGUCGACACAAACAAAGCCUUCUUUCUCUCCUCUGCAGUGGAAGAGGUGUGACUGACUUCCUCAGAAUCAUUGGCGUAACAUUUCCUGUAAAGCUUUUUUCUUUUUUCCAUUGAAUCAGGAAGACACGCACGGUCAUAGGAACGCAGCAGGCAACUUUCGUUCCAACGAUUUGUUUUAAUAUUAUUUUUCCUGCGGGAAAAGUACGAUCAAUCGUACCAAUGUGGUGUUAAAUGGGUCAUUUAAACAUCCGAAAACUGUCUUUCCAACUUAAAUAAUCACAUUUUUGGCGACACAAAAGGGGAAAGUUUUCCAUUCGUGUUUACUUGAAGGCUGGAUCAGGAUGGCUUUCUUCCUGCUUCUUUUCGGACUUGUGCUUUCGCUUAAUGUCGCUGGAAUCCACGCAAAUCUUCAAUGUACCAACGACUAUGAGAGGAUGUUUUGCCAGCUGAAACUUAAAAACUGCCAUGAAUAUGAGCUGAAUCUCCAGAGCGACUCCGGGUAUGGAAAUAUGACCUGCAGUCUCCGUCAGUGUGGCCCUGAACAGUGUUACUGUAAUGUGGAAAUGACUCUCAUCUUCGGAGAGACUCAUACUGCCACGGUCAGGAAAGGAGAAAAAAGUCUGGAGUCAAAAACAAUCCUGGUCACAGAGAGCUUUAAGCCCAAAACCCCAGCAAUCACCUCGGUGGAUGGAAGCAAUGGCAAUUUUGGAGUCAGCUGGUGGACAAACAUGGAGAAUCACACAAGUAUUCCACUGACUGCAGAACUGGUGUACUAUAAAAAAGGAGACACAGCAACGGAUUGGAAAGCCAUCUCACCAGCUAUAGUUAAAGGGCAGCAGUAUUAUGAGAUAAGUGGUCAACACUUGGAGUGGAGUACAACAUACGUGGUCAGAGUGAGAAGUGUUUCAGAGCUUAAUCACCGAUUGAGUGACAUCAGCAACGAGUGGGAAUUUAAAACACCUGCCUCCUGCAACACCCUGUUCUUCGGCAUCAUUGUCGGCCUCUGUCUUGCUGUAAUCAUCAUCAGCAUUGCCAUGUAUUGCUGUUAUGUAAAGCUGAAAAAUGAUUGGUGGGACAAACUUCCAAAUCCAAAAAUUCUUAUAGUGCAUCCAGUCAAGGAUGGGCUGUUGCAACCUGAGAAAUCAAGGGUCUCGCCCAUCUGCGUUGACCAACUCAUUCCAAAUGGCAAUCAGCAAAGGUUACUGAUGCCAUUCAUAGACAGCAUCUACCAUAAGAGUGAAUGCAGCAGCACUGACUCAUCACAUCUUAGUUAUGCCGACACACAUGUUGACAUUACAACUAUUAUUAUGGAAAAUCUUUCCAGAAUCUUCCCCAGCAUAAGCCUAGUACCGCAGCGACAAACCAGUCAAUUUACAAGCAAAGACAGUGGAUUGUUCUCUGCUCCACUCAGUCCGGAUGGUAUCAGAUUUGAUGGAUCCACCUCUGGGUCAUCUGAGUUAGUCAAUCAUUCUUAUUCUCUGAUCUGUCCCAACUCUUCUAAUAGUGUGUCAGCAGACAGCCCAGAGGUCCAAAUGCAGACUGAACAGGAUUAUGACUUACACGAUUCCAGCAAGAGCAUGAUCAUGAGCAUUUUUGGACAAGAUGUUUCACCUCACAUGUCAGUAGACAUGUAUCAACAGUACAACACAGAUCCUCAGAAAUGUUCAUAUGCAGAAGACUCCAGCUUGUCAUCCAUCUCCAGUGGCACUGACAUGACCACCUCCUGUGAGCCUGAGACCAGGGUUGAGAACUCUGACAAGUUCUUUCACCCAGCCUCAACUUUCUCGUCACUCCCAAACAAAAAUCCUUUUCAUGAGUCCCACAUCAUACUGGAAGACAACUACCAGCAGAUUCAGAAUCUAGUGGCUCAGCCAGGUGUCUUGUUUUCAGAGGAGAGAAGCAGUGAUCAAGAGGGAGAUUUAGGGAAGUAUCAGGAGAAACCUUUCAGCAAGAUCCCUCAAAACUGCUUAAACCCAUUCUUUCAAGAUGUCGGUAAUGACGCUCCAAGAUGCCUUAGCCAACAUAAGUUCCAAACACCUUUUCUUUUAUUGAUGUCUGCAGACAACGGUAUGCCAGUAAACACAGAGAGUGCUUAUCAUAGUGUGUAGUUCACUGGCCAGGACUUUAAUUUUAGCUUUAAACUUUGAGGCUGCAGCAACAUCGUGUCGAGUUGGCAGAUAGUAGCAAUGCUACUAUCUGCCAACUCGGCCAAUGCGGUAUGCAUUUCCAUGAUACCAUCAGUUAGUGGAUCAGUGUGUUAAAUAAGUGAGAGCUAGGCAACAGCUACAAAAUAGACUCUGAGGUUUGUAAAAUUUUCUUGGGCGUUUUAUGCUUUUUUUGUUUUUUUGUUUUUGUUUUUUUUUUACCUUUUUUUUUGCUUGUAUUGAAAGCAAGCUUUGCACUUUAACAACAUUUUGUUAUCAGGGUUUUACCCAUGUAUAUAGUGUUGAGUUUCAUAGUAUGUUGGGAUAUAGUGUAUACCCAUAAAGUUUCAGUUUUUCUAUUUUUGUGCAACUAUUUUUCAUAUAAUGGUAUAAAAAUGUGUUUACAGCAAACAAUUUGGCAACACAGGUAAUGUUGCAAGAGCACUGUCUAUUUCAUUUUGGUUUUCAAAUUUAAUUCUACAAAGCAAGUGGAGAAUGCGUUUAUGUGUAAAUAUUUGGAAGAAUAUAACCUUAAAAUCCAAAAAAAAAAGGAAGAUCCAUUUAAAUCUUGCUCCAGCAAUUUUAAUAAAGAACAUAAAAAUGACAUUUGA